UUUAGCAGGGCAGAGUUGCACCUGGGGGUGCUCUUCCAGCCAGCAUGGAGGGGGACUAGAAAAUAUAUAGAGAACCAUAGCUCUGGGACAGCUUGACAAUUGACCUUGUCAAAAACCUGCAGAUAUGAUCCGUUGGGCUGAUGAGGAGCAGAUCAUGCUCCCACCACCUGGCCUCUAGGAUCCAUCUGCACAGAGGGCUGCUAGGAAGUAGGAAAGCUGUCCGCUCUCUGUCUCUGCCUGUGUGAAAUGGGCAUAUUUCUGUGGAAUAUUUUAAAGUCAGAUAAUGUUUUUCACUUGUAAAGUGCCUCAUGUGAAACUGUCUGAUGAGCAUAUCAUACAGAACAGCUGUACUGUUCUGCCUCAGCACAACGAAAUGUUUGCUGACCUGGCACGUUGCAGGUGAUUAGUAGUGUUUGCUGUUGGAACAAAGUGCAGCUUAUCCUGGUCAUAUUUGACCAAAAUAAGGUCUUUGGAGGCAGGGAAUGUGGACGUGUCCAAGUUUGCAGAUAAAAAGAGGGAGCAGCGCAGCUGGUCAUGUGAGAUGGAACACGGAGCAGCAUGUGAGUCUCUCUCUGUUUUCUCUAAACACCAAAGGCUAGUGUUUUCACCUGAUCUAUUUUUGCUCCAAACCCAUAAAUGUCUACAUCUCAUUACAUUCCUGUAGGUGACCUUUCUUCCUCUGUCUCCUCUUCCUAGGGCUGGCUGGUGACAAUUUCUAAGGUACUGAAAGUUUCAGGCCGGAGGUUUUCCUGCGCUCUCCGUAGCUGCUGCCUGGUGCUGCCCUGAGGAGAAGCAGCGUUGGGAAGGCGGGUGCUGCCCUGAGGAGCAGUGGUGGGAAGGCUGCUGCCCCUUCCCCACGGGCUGUCAGGGUGAGGCCCAUCACAAGGCCUGCUGUGCUUUCCCUGCGCCGGCCGCCAUGGAGACCUUAUCCCAGGACUCUCUGCUGGAGUGCCAGAUUUGCUUCAACUACUACAGCCCCCGCCGGCGGCCCAAGCUGCUGGACUGCAAGCACACCUGCUGCUCCGUGUGCCUGCAGCAGAUGAGGACCAGCCAGAAGGACCUGCGCUGCCCCUGGUGCCGUGGCAUCACCAAGCUGCCUCCGGGGUACUCUGUGUCCCAGCUGCCCGACGACCCCGAGGUGAUCGCCGUCAUCGCGAUCCCGCACACCUCGGAGCACACGCCUGUCUUCAUCAAACUGCCCAGCAAUGGGUGCUACAUGCUGCCCUUGCCUCUCUCCAAGGAGCGGGCGCUGCUGCCGGGAGACAUUGGCUGCCGCCUCCUGCCCGGCAGCCAGCAGAAGUCCCUGACGGUGGUGACGAUCCCCGCCGAGCAGCAGCCGCUGCAGGGCGGCCUUCCCGCCGAGGCGGGAGCCGAGGAGCCGGACCGGAGAGGCGCUGUGAAAAGCUCCACCUGGUCGGGGGUGUGCACUGUGAUCCUGGUGGCCUGCGUCCUGGUCUUCCUGCUGGGCAUCGUCCUCCACAACAUGUCGUGCAUUUCCAAGCGCUUCACGGUGAUCUCCUGCGGCUGAGGCGGCAGGGGCUGCGCUCCCCUGGGGGCCGGGUCGGGUCGGCGGUGGUGGUUUUGAGCGAGACAAUUCCGUGCAGCUUUCCCCAGUGACUGCAGGACGCUGUGCACAGGGGCAGUGGUGCCUGCCUGGCUGUGGCCCCUGGAGGGAUGGCAUCGGGCCUCUGGGCAGCCUGCGGAGAAAAUCACGUCCCGUGUCUGGCGGCAGUGGCACUGAGGAGGACUGCAUGUGUCACCGCAACCAUUUAUCAAAGGGACUGCAACUUCACAGUGAUCUUUUUUUAUUGCGUUACCAGAUUAAAGACCUCUAUGUAGCUGGUUAUACUGUGAAGUAUACAGUACGGGCUCUUCUUUAAACACAGUAUAUUAAAAUCAAAACUGCUCCACGUAGAAUUAAAUGAGAACUGGCGCACAACUGUA